AUGGCCGCCAUUAUUGGAACAACGCUACUCCUCGUUUUUGCCUUUAAUUUGAACACAGUUACAUCGAGUGUCGACUGGAUCUUCUGGGAAUCAAUCUAUUCUGGCUCGUUUGCCUUUCUUUUUAUGGUCAACAGUAUCACCAUGAUCUACAGCAGUCUCCGGUGGCAGUACACUGCAUGGUGGUUUGGAACUGUACGUUUUUUAUUGACACAAACACUGUGCUCCUAUCGUGCUCUCCAAGUUGCGUGCAUUUUAGUGGCAGUGGCAUUCCUUAUCGAUCUCAUUCUUCUUGUACGACUUCAGUUAACGAAUCCAAGCUGUCGUCACAGUCAAGAUGAUCUCAUCAUUCGUCGAACAGACCAAUCGAUUACUUACCGUUGA